GCGGCGAGGCGGAGCACGGCGGGCCCCGCUUCGCGGCGUGCGCCGGCAACCAUGAACUUUCUGCUCACUUGGAUCCGCUGGGGGCUGGCGGCGCUGCUCUAUCUGCAGAGCGCGGAGUUGUCGAAGGCUGCGCCUGCCCUGGGGGAUGGGGAGCGGAAACCCAAUGAAGUUAUCAAAUUCCUGGAAGUCUACGAGCGCAGCUUCUGCAGGACUAUUGAGACCCUGGUGGACAUUUUCCAGGAGUACCCUGAUGAGGUGGAGUACAUAUUCAAGCCAUCCUGUGUGCCUCUGAUGAGAUGUGCGGGUUGCUGCGGCGAUGAGGGCCUAGAAUGUGUCCCUGUGGAUGUGUACAACGUCACAAUGGAGGUCAUAAGAAUUAAACCCCAUCAGAGUCAGCACAUAUCACAAAUGAGCUUCUUACAGCACAGUAAAUGUGAAUGCAGACCAAAGAAAGAUGUCAAAAACAAACAAGAAAAAAAAUCAAAACGAGGAAGGGGGAAGGGUCAAAAGAGAAAGCGCAAGAAAGGCCGGUACAAACCACUCAGCUUUCACUGUGAGCCUUGCUCAGAGAGGAGAAAGCACUUGUUUGUACAAGAUCCCCAGACCUGUAAAUGUUCCUGCAAAUUCACAGACUCACGUUGCAAGUCGAGGCAGCUUGAGUUAAACGAGCGCACUUGCAGAUGUGAAAAACCGAGACGGUGAGCAGCGGAAAAGAAGGGGAAACAGCCCUGUUUCUGGAGCCUGAUUUCUCGCCUGGACAGAAUAAAACAAACAAAACACUAAUCCAAAUGAACCCUAAAAAUGAAGGAUCGGUAGAGCACAGCACUUUCAGUACGGACGAUGGACUCCGGAAGGAACAUUCCCCAAGGCACCCGCCGCACAGAAUUCACCUUUGGGUUUUGAACUGUUUUAUUUUAUUUUUCUUUUUAUGCUGCUAAAUAACAGAGCCAGGAAGACUUAUAGGGGUGUAUUUGAUGGGUUUUCCCAUGCAUACAUAUAUAUGUGUGUAUACAUGCAUAUACAUAUAUAUAUAUGUAUAUAUAUUUUAACCACAUCUAUAUAUACAUAUAUGUAUAUCUUAACCACACACACACACACACACACAUAUAUAUAUAAUAUAUAUAUAUAUAUACUGAUUAUUUUUUUUAACAUUGCUAAUGUUAUUGGUGUCUUCACUGGAUAAUACUCGACUGCUGUGGACACAAGCGGGCUACUUGGGGCAUAAGAAACAAGCUAAGACUGGACUUGAGUAGAAGCGCUGGGUGUAAACUUCUUAACUCCAACUGACUUGUGCGGCCUCCGCUGUUUCUCUGUAGAGUGUGCUGUACCACAAACCACCUUCUCCUUGCCUGGGACAGGGAGGAGAGGUGAUGGAGAGGAUUGGCAGGGAGUUCCAAAGAGCGGCAUCCUAGGGUGCGAUGGGUCAAAGGCCAAGGAAAUGGCCAUCUCCGUGAUCAAGGAUUCCUCCUCCCCUCUCUUCCCCCAACCUUCGCCCUUACUCGUCUCAUAACCUGCCUGCCUUGCCAGGACAUGGGAUGUCAGUGUACAUUUUGCGUUGACUUUAUUCGCUGUAGAACCUUUGCCAGAGAGUCAUGCUGGCUUCUCUUAAGGAUGGUGGGCAGCAGAUGCACACUGACUUUCUGUUCAAGGAAUUAUCACAGGAGUCUAGAUUUCCUGCCCUUGGUGGCUGCAGAAGGACACAAGGUCUACAGUGUGCUGAAGCAAGAAUGGGGACCGGUGCAUAGCCACACAGUUGUUCAGCACUGUCUGCUUUCUUCAUGCACAGAGCUGCCACUCAAGAGCAUCCAAGAUGCUUAUGGAACAUUUCUGGAAAGGGAUAUUAAUCAGAAGUAUAUACACAGUAGUGGGGGUGUGUGUGUAUGUAUGUGAAUGUAUGCAUUUGUAUGUAUGUAUGUAUGUAUGUAUGUAUGUAUGUGUUUUUCUCUCUUUUUUAUAUAUAUAUAUUUAUUUUUAUACAUAUAUAUAUAUAAAAAAUAAUAUAUAUGUAUGCCAAGAUUGAAGGGGGGAGAAAAGAAAGCAACUUUUGCUGCCUUCAGUUUGCGUGCCCAGUAUGAACGACCCUUAAGAACGUCAAGUUUUUUUUUUUAAUGACGUACUGUAAAUAUCAGGCCCCUUUUCCAUGUCUUGGGCUGGGGAACCAAAUGUGAGGACAGCUGGAGUCCCUUAGCUGUGUCGUGAGGUUCUUGGCUAUGUGUGUAUCUGCAGUGUAGGCUGUGGUGUACAUGAAACCCACCUUACACACGCGCGCACACACACACACCCCCCUGAAAGUGUGUUUGUACAUCUAUGUGGAUAUAUAUAAUCUAGUUCUGUGAUUAAAAUUAUUAUUAAUAAUAAUAAUAAUCAAAAAGGUACUCGGUCUGUGUCAGAAUGCUGCCAAACAUCAUCUGCAAUUGAAUUUUCAACGCCUGAUAAUGUACAACACGGAAAGCUUCCAAAAAGACAAGACAGUCUAAAAACAGACUCACAACAAGCGACUACUAACCACUAGGAUCUCCCCAUCCGACUGAUGGCUUUCAGAAGGAGAGAAAACACACGGGUGGGUGCUUGCAUCUGCAAUGUAGAAUACUCAUGCUGCAUUGUGUGCAAGACAGAGGCUUCCGAUCGGGGGAGGGAAGAGAAAGUGUUUUAUAUACUUAUUUAAUAUCCCUUUUUAAAUUAGAAAUUAAACAGAUAAUUUAAUUAAAGAGUAGGGAUUUUUCAGUAUUCUUUGUUAAUAUUUAAUUUCAACUAUUUAUAAGCCGUACCUCCUUUUUUUUUCUUUUUUUUCUUUUUUUUUUUUUUUUUUUUUUUUGUACUGGUUGUGUAUAAAUUUAACCUUCCUGUUGUCCCAUCCCGUCUCUCCCCAAUUGUUGGCAGAGUCAGUAGCAUGUUAUGGGCAGUUAUUUAAUUAAUUUCUCUAACACCUACCCCUACACAUUCCUAUUGAGGCAACGGUUAGAUAUACAUCUACAUACUAUAUAUAUAUAUUUGGCUAUGUGUUUGUAUAUAUAUAUAUGUUUAUGUAUAUGUGUGAUUCGGAUUAAAUAGACACUACAAUUUUUUUAUAUGUGUAAAAAGAAGAAACAGGAAAAAAUAGAAAAUUCUACAUCUUGAAUCUCUCUCCUUUUUAAUUUUAAUAUUUGUUAUCAUUUUAUUUAUUGGUGCUACUGUUUAUCUGUAAUAAUUGCGGGGAAAAAAGAUAUUAACACUACAUAUUGUGUCUAGUGAAUUUUUUCAAGAUAUUCCUUAGUACAUAUUUAUUUUUAAACAAAGAAAUUACAGAUAUAUCUUAAAACAACAACGACGACGACAAACAAACUUUUUUUUGUAUUAAAGAAUUUAAUUCUGA